UCGAAGAUGGUAUGGUCUGUUCAGUGCGCCAUCUUUGAAUUCUCGCAUCGUUUGUUUUGGUUAGGCUUCGUUCGGUAGUGGUGGUGUUGUGAUUUUGAAAAUUGUGAAAUAAAAAGGAUGUUUCGUACACCGAAACGCACGAAAUUGCAAUUGAACGCUAGCGAAGUGACCCCGCCAAACAGGAUCUUCAAGAUGAAGACACCGGACUCGUCUCCGGCCAACGGGUCUCUUGUUGGUGUUAGUCCAACCUCACUUUCAGCUUUAUCACCCAGUGAGACACGAAGAGGCAGGCCCCGAGCUGAAGAACUGAACUCGCUUAUCUUGCAAGGUUCCACAUCACCCAGCUCAAUAAAGUGCACUUAUUGCAACCGAGUGUUUCCAAGGGAGAAAUCUCUUCAAGCUCAUCUUCGGACACAUACAGGUGAAAAGCCAUAUGCUUGUGAUUACCCCAGGUGUACUAAGAGGUUUGCUCAGUCAGGCCAGCUAAAAACCCAUCAACGGCUUCAUACUGGAGAGAAACCCUUCAUAUGUGCAGCUCCCAACUGUGAAAGAAGGUUUACACAUGCAAACAGACACUGUCCAGAGCAUCCAGAAGGCACCCUAAAGAGAUUCAGCUACACAUCUAACAUGUCAAUAGAAAAUAUUGAUGAUGAGCAAUACAAGAAGGACAUUCAGAAAUGGAUUGAUACAGUCAAAAAAAGCGAUACCAAGAGUAAUUCGACCUGUUCGACGCCGAAAAAAUCCAGAUUUAAUGAUACGUGGCAUUAUAAGAACUUUGACCUUGAGCAUAGUGAGAACAUCAAUCCAAACACUCAAUUGGCAAAGAUAAUCAAGGUCCGAUCGUCGCAGGAAUUGACAUAUGGUUUUCACAAGAAGGAGUUAGACGCAGCAAACAGUACACCUACACAAGUAUUAAAUGAUGAUUUCAAGUCCCAAAAAGUUCCAUAUGUAGCCGAAGAGGUUGAAGUUGAAACAUCUCCGGUAAUGAGCUGCACACGAUACACGGAGUUGCCAAAAAAACGCUGGUUGCGAGAAGCAUUGGACCAGCAAAGAUGGGACAAUGAGGCUAAUCAAGAUCUUGCUUUACCCAUCAAUUGGGGUGAAGAUAGCAGUUUAAUUGAAUACGAGAAUCAGAAACGGCCCACGGUAUUAGUCAAGAUCGGCAACGGCGAUAAAAAAGACAUAUCUUCGUCGGAUAUGCAAAUUGCCAUGGCUUUGGUUGAGCUCAGUAAUAUUCAACCAAAUAAUUCAGCCAAUUACACCUAUUAAUUCGUAUACAAUUUCAUGUAUAUACACUUAUUUAUUCCUUCUUUUAUGUGAUAUGGUUGUUGUGUUUCAUUUGAAACAAUGUUUUGUUUACAAAUUUUAUGUUCUGUCAGUCAUUAUGUAUGACAUGGCCCUAAUCAGGUUAUAUUUCUUUAAGUUUUUUUUUUAUAUAAUCUUUGAUAUUGCAUAAAUGUUUACUAUGUAAACUUAUACUUAUUUCAUAUUCUCAUUCAUAACAUAACACCUCAUCUACAGAUUUAUACAUGUUUUUUUUUUGUCUACAAAAAAAUAUUGUACACCAUAUUUGUAAAUUUGAUCAUUCGCCAAUUUUAUAACCUAUUAUCAGAUGGCACAAUUUUUAAUCAGUUUUUUUUUGUGUAAUCAGUCUUUCUCUACAAUUUCUUUAUUAAACACUAUUAUUUAAUAUUUA